UCUUCAGUUUGACUUGAGUCCAGGAGAGACCAUGUCCGCCGUCAGAAGGAACCAGUACUCACCUUUAAUCCCGUUCAGAACUCAUUCUCCAUGAAAUAACAACGACGCGAGGCCUCAGGGAUGGCCGCCUCGGGUGCUGUUCAGGUGAAACUGGAGCUGGGACACCGGGCCCAGGUCCGAAAGAAACCCACGGUGGAAGGCUUCACCCACGACUGGAUGGUGUUUGUCCGAGGCCCGGAGCACAGCAACAUCCAGCACUUUGUGGAGAAAGUGAUUUUUCACCUGCAUGAAAGCUUCCCCAAACCAAAAAGAGGUAAGAACACCUGCAGGGUCCAGCUUUCUCUGCAGGCUCCUGCUCCCUUUUGUGCAGGGUCCUGCUCCUGUGCAGGGUCCUACUCCUGUGCAGGGUCCUACUCCCGCUGCAGGGUCCUACUCCUGUGCAGGGUCCUACUCCCGCUGCAGGGUCCUCCUGUGCAGGGUCCUGCUCCUGUGCAGGGUCCUACUCCUGUGCAGGGUCCUACUCCUGUGCAGGGUCCUGCUCCUGUGCAGGGUCCUGCUCCUGUGCAGGGUCCUGCUCCUGUGCAGGGUCCUACUCCUGCUGGUCCUACUCCUGUGCAGGGUCCUGCUCCUGUGCAGGGUCCUACUCCCGCUGCAGGGUCCUACUCCUGUGCAGGGUCCUGCUCCUGUGCAGGGUCCUACUCCCGCUGCAGGGUCCUACUCCUGUGCAGGGUCCUACUCCCGCUGCAGGGUCCUCCUGUGCAGGGUCCUGCUCCUGUGCAGGGUCCUACUCCUGUGCAGGGUCCUGCUCCUGUGCAGGGUCCUGCUCCUGUGCAGGGUCCUACUCCUGCUGCAGUGUCCUACUCCUGUGCAGGGUCCUACUCCCGCUGCAGGGUCCUACUCCUGUGCAGGGUCCUGCUCCUGUGCAGGGUCCUACUCCCGCUGCAGGGUCCUACUCCUGUGCAGGGUCCUGCUCCUGCUGCAGGGUCCUAUUCCUGUGCAGGGUCCUACUCCCGCUGCAGGGUCCUACUCCUGUGCAGGGUCCUACUCCCGCUGCAGGGUCCUACUCCUGUGCAGGGUCCUUGUUCUGGGCGAGAUGACAGAGUUGUGUUGCUGCUGCUUUAA